UGUGCAUGCGCGCGAGUCUCUGCAAAUUGCAUUUUCGUAAUGUAAAGCAAAGCAUUACGUGACCAAUAGAGCAUCGAUAGCUUUGAAGAUACAACGUGCGGUAGCGCACUGUUCAGUGUUAAAUAUUCCGUCAUUUUUAUUUAUUUUAUAAAAUAUUUUAUAAUUGAAACGAGUACACACAUAACAUUUUUCAUUUUUCUUCUUUAAUAUAUUUUUCUGGUAGAUACACUUGUUAUACGAUACAUUUACGAUAAGGAUUUCUAAUAAUUUAUUGUGUUUUUGUUCAUUGACGAGUUCAUACGUCUUCUGUGAAAUACAUCAUAAUAUAUGUAGUGUUAUAUGUAGAACAAUCCCUUAUUUAAUUUCAAGAAAGAUAGAUUAUAUGAAAUUCUGUGAGAUGUGACACAUAUAUAUCCAUGGUUUAAUGAACAAAAUUAUUAUCAUCGUUUCUUCCUAUGUAAAAUAAUUAAAAAUGUCUGAAAAAAAUCAAACUAAUCAACCGCAACCUAUUGUCAAGAUAGGUCAUUAUACGUUAGGACAAACUCUAGGCGUUGGUACAUUUGGUAAAGUAAAAAUCGGUGAACAUGUUCUUACAAAGCAUAAAGUUGCAGUUAAAAUUUUAAAUCGGCAGAAAAUAAAGAGUUUGGAUGUGGUGGGUAAAAUUCGACGAGAGAUACAGAAUUUGAAAUUAUUCAGGCACCCUCAUAUUAUUAAAUUAUAUCAAGUCAUAAGCACACCAACGGAUAUAUUUAUGAUUAUGGAAUAUGUCUCUGGAGGAGAAUUGUUCGAUUACAUAGUAAAACAUGGAAAAUUGAAAGAGCACGAAGCACGAAGAUUUUUUCAACAAAUUAUUUCCGGCGUUGAUUAUUGUCAUAGACACAUGAUAGUUCAUCGUGAUUUAAAGCCAGAGAAUCUUCUCUUAGAUCAUAAUCUUCAUGUAAAAAUAGCAGAUUUUGGUUUAUCAAACAUGAUGAUGGAUGGAGAAUUUUUACGUACAUCCUGUGGUUCCCCCAAUUAUGCUGCACCUGAAGUAAUAUCUGGAAAAUUAUAUGCCGGCCCUGAAGUAGAUAUUUGGUCAUGCGGAGUUAUAUUAUAUGCUUUACUUUGCGGUACAUUACCAUUUGAUGAUGAACACGUGCCUACGUUAUUUCGUAAAAUAAAAUCUGGAAUUUUUCCUAUACCGGAAUACUUAAAUAAGAGUGUUGUUAGUCUACUAUGUCAUAUGCUUCAAGUUGAUCCUAUGAAAAGAGCUACCAUUGAAGAUAUCAAAAAACACGAAUGGUUUCAAAAAGAUUUGCCAUCAUAUUUAUUCCCAUCGCCUGUAGAACAGGAUUCUUCUGUGAUCGAUAUAGAUGCUAUUAAUGAAGUUUGCGAAAAGUUUAAUGUGAAGGAAGCAGAAGUUCAUUCUGCUUUACUUGCUGGCGAUCCACACGACCAACUAGCAAUCGCUUAUCAUUUGAUCAUUGAUAAUAAAAGAAUUGCUGAUGAAGCUGCUAAAGCAGAAUUGAAAGACUUUUAUGUAGCAUCUAGUCCACCGCCAGUUACGUUUAGUCCAAGCGAUGCUAACAACAGUCCUUUAAGACCUCAUCCGGAAAGAAUUGCUCCAUUAAGAGAACGACAGUCCUCGCUAAGCUCAUCCGUGUCAAUGCAAGGGAAUAGAGGUACACCAGUAAAACGAGCAAAAUGGCAUUUAGGAAUAAGAUCGCAGUCUAAACCAAAUGAUAUUAUGAAUGAAGUUUACCGUGCAAUGAAGGCACUUAAUUUUGAAUGGAAGAUAAUAAAUGCGUACAGCGUUAAAGUUAGACAAAAAAAUCAAUUAACUAGCAGAUAUAGUAAAAUGUCAUUACAACUUUAUCAAGUCGAUUGUAAGAGUUAUCUGUUAGACUUUAAAUCUUUAUCCAGUGAAGAAGCAGAAGAUAUUUGCAGAGAUCCUUCUUUGCCGCCACCUCAAGCAACCGGUCAUCAUACCAUGGAAUUUUUUGAAAUGUGCGCUGCGUUAAUUACACAAUUAGCACGGUAAACAAAUUUCUGUUACAUUAUCUGUUUUACGUUAUUUUCGAUAUUGAUCGAGAAUAUCUUCUUUAACUGUUUACAAGUUAUUAUUAUAUAAUAUUAUGAAAUUUUUAGACCACAGAGAUAUAUGUAUAUAGCAAAAAAUGAAUAGUUCCUUUAUUCUAUUAUAUAUCAGUAUUUUCAAAUCUUUUUAAAGAACCACUAAAUUUGAUUAUAUUUAAUAUUAUAUUUGAUUAAUGAUGAGAUAUUUUUGUCUCUACUUUCGUAUAUUGUAAGUAUCAAAAUUAAUGAAAAUAUGAAGUAAUGAUUAAUUUUAGAUAUUAAUCAAUACGAAAUUUAUAUAACGCUUUAUUUAAUUCAAUUCAAUUUAAUAUAAGCAUGAUAAUUUAAAAAACAAAUUUUAUUGUCUGAUGUAUCUAUCUCAUUUAUUGAUAUAUGCAAUGAUGGAAUAAUACAUUAUAAAUUUUAUGUUAUUGCGCUAUACUUACUUACCUACCUACCUUAUACAGCAUUAAUCUAUCAGUACAUUUGUUUGCUAAUAAAGCAUUAAUUUAUUAUAAACAAAAAUGAAAUAUGUUUGUGUAUGUUUAGAAAAAUAUACAUUACAUAUUAUAUCUUAUCAUAUAUCAAUUGUUUUAUCUAGGUCAUCGUUCACUAGAUAUAAAUCGUUGUUUUAUAACAAAAAGUUUGGCAUCAAUUUCUUACUGUAAUUAAUCAAUGCAAUAUGAGAUAAUUUAACAAAUAAAGAAAAACUAUGAAACAUUU